UCAUUGCAAAAACUUAAUUAUCAACAAUAAAACUUCUCUCAUUGCAAAACCUAGAAAAUCAGAACAAAAAAACUGAGGUAUGGAGGAAGAACUGAAUAGUUUGGUGAAAGUAGGGGUUUCAACGAUAAUGUCGGUAUCUUAUUGUUUCUUCUUGCCACCUAGAAUCAAAUCUGGUUUUUUCCGUUUAAUCUCUAUUCUCCCUGUAUGUGUUUUGUUUCUUGUUCUUCCCCUGUUCUUGUCCUUUCCACUUUUCUCUUCCCCCGCAGCGAUUUUGCUAAUACUUGCCGAUUUGAAACUCAUCCUCUUUUCCUUUGAUCAAGGUCCUCUUUCUCCACUACCUUCAAACAUCUUCUUAUUCACAUGUUUCACUUGUUUCCCCAUCCAGCGUCAAAAGAACCCUAAACCUCAAGCAGGUGGUCAGGAUCAAAUGCACACAUGGAUUUUCGCAAUUAAAGUUGUACUCUUAGGUGUAGUGUUACAUUUAUAUCACUGGAAAACCCUUCCUCCCAUUAUGCUAUUGGGUCUCUAUCCACCGUUUUUAUAUGUUUUACUUGAGGUUUCCCUAACGCUCUUCAGAAUUUUGUUGACUAUCAUUCUUAAAUGCAAUCUAGAGCCACAUUUUAAGGAACCAUACUUAGCCACGUCUCUUCAAGACUUCUGGGGACGCCGAUGGAACCUCCUAGUCUCUGCAAGUCUCCGGGCAUGCGUCUACACUCCUGUGCGGCGUGUCUGCCAACGCCUAAUGUGUUCUGAUGAUUCUGCAAUGUUAAUUAGUGUUUUGGCGACUUUCAUAGUCUCUGUUUGCACAGUCGGGGAAGUGGCGGUGAAAAGGACUGCGUUUGCACAGAGGUGGGUGGUGAGACAGAUGUUAUCACGGCUGCUAACGGUGGGUUUUGUUGUUGUGACCACUUGGUGGCUGUUUUUCCCUCCUUGGAUUCGUAGCAACGUGACGGAGAAAUGCUUCAAUGAAGCCUCUUUGCUCAUUGAUUUCCUAAGACGCAAGUUAAUUUUUUUGUACCUUAAGACGCAGGUUAUUUCAGUGAACUAACUUAAUAGUUACUGAUAUUAGAUGAAUACCCGCGUAUACACGCAGAUUUUUUAAUAUUAUGUAUGUAAU